GAUCCUUCCGUCCAAUGCCUGACCCUUGCGUCUGUACCAAACAGGUGUAUUGAUAAGACUUGGAGAAGUAAUUAAACACUCAACAUUAUGAAGCCAUGUUAGUGGAGAGCUGGAUAACUAUUUGCUGUGUACUGCAAAUACGAACUCAUUUGGGCUUCCCUGUUGUUGGUUAAUGUAAUGUAAUUAAAAGGCAUACAUUCAUGAAUUAUUGAGAGAAAGAAUAAAGGACUCAAAACAAGAUGCUGCCCUCAUCAAAGCUUAAUUACAGCAUCCCCUUUUCUGAACCUGCAAAGCACUGGUGCACUGGAGACCAGUCACAAGUAAAGGGGGCAUUUUCAAAAGAGUUUCCAGGCAUCUGUUGGGUUGUGUGUGGAAGUAACUUGACGGUGAUCAGGGUGCUAACUGGAGAGUGCCUUUCGAGCCAUGACUUCACAGACAAAACAGUGGUUCAGGUGACAGAGUUUACAUGGAGAAAGAACUGGUAUCUGUUAGUAGAACUGCUGGAUUCUAAUGGAGGUUCACUCUGUUGUUACUGCCUGAGUUCAUCAAGAGUACUGAGAGCCAUCAGCAUUCCCAGAAAGGUGAGCUGUAUGAUAGUGAUUGAUGAGUCUUUGCUGUUGGGGUGCAAAGAUGAGGAAUAUCUUCAUUCAGUUUUGAAAUGUUUUUCUGGCAUAGCUGUUAUUGGAACAAAGCAAGGAGAAAUUCUGCUACUAGAUUUAGCCCUCAAAGAUCCAACCGUAUUCAGUACAGAGAAGAAGAUGUCAGAGUGUGAAGAGGUGCUCAGAUGUGAAGGAAAAAUUGAAGAUAACUUGGAUGUUAGCAGUCUGAAGCAGAAACACCCCUGCCUCUAUCUACACAGCCAUCAAGGAGCUCCUGCUACCUCUCUGCUCUUUAUAAAACCCACCAACCAGGUAGUGGCAGGAAACUCAACAGGAAAACUGCAGUUCUGGAACCUUCAGUAUCUCAAUAAAGAGUGUGAAAUUCAGUUGGAGUCUGGUCUGAUACCACUAGUUUCUCUUCAGUUCCAAGAAUCCUUCCCCUUCCAUGUGCCACGGUGCUAUCUUUGGGCUGUCUCCUCCGAAUCAAGCAGCUGUUGGGGUAAGAGCUCAAUAAGGGUAAAUCUUGUAAAGCUGUUGUUCCGAGAUUUUAAUCAAUCCUCGCAGGUCAGAUACCAAGGUUUUCUGCACGGUAAUGUGUGUCACACACAGAAGCUGUGUGAUGGAGCUGAUCUCAAUCCAUGUGUUUCCUGGUGUCGCCUUCUCAGCUGCAGGAUCAUCAGCGGCUAUGACAGAAGUGCCUGGGAAUUCACUGCAUCACCUCAAUGUGGUGUCCAAAGGAAUCUGGACUAUGGAAACCUUGCUAUUUUUGCAUGGGAAAUAAAAAAGCCAGAGCUAUUGACCUUUGUAGCCGUGUUUAGUCUUCAGCAGUGGCUGCAGAAGGAAAUGCCGGAGCCAUUAAAGUCUAACAAUGAGCUGGAAGGUUGCCCCUACUUGAAUUUGUGGCUUUUGGCUCCAAGGAGCAGUCACCCUCUGCCUAUACUGGAUACAACUGUGUUUAAAGAUCUCCACUGCUCUAAAUGGAAUAAAUGGAACGAUGACAUGGGGAAUGGGAACUCCAUUGAUUUACUGGCAUUAAGUGCUGCCACAAUGUUUGUAGAUGGCUUUACGUUUUACAGGUUUCCGGCUUGUCGAAUAAAGCCUCUCUGUGUGAAGGGUUUUAGUGCUGAUUUCCCUGUAGAAAUCACAAGCAGCCCUAUAGGGUUCCCAACAGGCCAACCCGCAAAUUUCUGUCCACAGGAAGACACAUUGCAGUGCUUGUUGACUCGGGCACUUACAAACCACAGAAUCAGAAGAAUAAUUUGCUGGAUGAAGAACCUUUCAAAUGAAGCUGACCCAGAUUUAGACAACACGUUGUGCGUUUUAAGCUCUUGGGUUCAGAAAAUGGUGGACCAUGGCAAAAAACAGUUUCUUGCUCUCUGUUUCACUUCCUGCCAGAGCCAUUGGAUGUAUAUGGACCAUCAGUCUCUGAGUCAUGUUCUUCAUCUUCUACAGUUUCUGAAGAACCUUCUAACCAUCAUCCAAUUCAUGAGAAAGCUACCACAUCUUGUCCAAUGUCCUGUACAUUGGGAUCAGGAAUACAGGACAACGAACCAGUACAUUUUUCUUGUGAGAUUAGUGCACUGGCUGGGCCUUACUGGACUUCUCCCAAAGCCUACUGAUACAUGUGAAAUAAAACGAUUUUCCGAGAUGUGGCAUGAAAUGGAACAGAGUUAUGAGUCUUUUUGGAACAAAGAAGAAGAAGAUGGUUUGUUGAUACACGGCAUUGUGUCUCAUUUAAAUAAAAUCUAUGGCCCAAUUUGGAGUAAAGAAGAACAGCAUUCUGAACUUUAUCCACCACCAAACCUUCUGGCUGUUUUAAAGCUGUUUCUGUUGCCUUGUAUUGACACAGUUUCACUCCAGUCCACUUUUCUUUAUUUCCUGUUGGAUAUAACACACUUCCUGAGGUGUGAAGACAAUGUCUUGACGUCUUUUACACAUACAUUUGAUGUGCCACUUGGUUUUUGCCAACAAAUCAAGGGGCUUUGGUUUCUGGACCAUGGGCACAUUUCGACUUCUUUGGAUUUACUGCUGCACCCCAGCACUAUGAGGCCUUGGCAUUCUUGGCAACAUUCAUUGAUAAUCCAGACGUUGUUAAAGGAAGGGGAGUCUCUCAAAGCACUGCACCACAUUCAUCAGAUACAGCCACCAAUUGAGAAACCCAAGGACCUUAAGUUGUACAUUGAUGUCUUCCUUCAUAACAGGUGUAUUGCUGAGGCCUGGGCCCUUCUGAGAGAGAUUGAGGACCCUGGUGAUGACAUUUUCAAGCACUUUCUUCAGAACUGUGAGGACUUAGGCCUGUACUUGGACCUGAGUUCCUUGUUAACAUUGGACAAGAAAUAUAUGACACAAAUUAAAAGAAAGAAAAUCAGAACACCUCUUUCAUUUGUUCAAGAAGGGUCAUCAGUUGACGUCUCUCAGAGAGUGCCGAGCUUAAAAGUAAGAGGACAAUCUCCAAAACCGUUUUCUACCUGGCUGUACAGUGCUAGUACAUGUGAACCAAUGUCUUCAGAGGAUUUUUUUAUUUUGCUGAAAGAAUCCAUACGUGAGGUGGAGGAAACAAUUUCACCUAACAGGCAAAACAGAAAAGCUGUCUGGCCGACUUAUUUGAAAGAGGAACCACGUGAAUCUCAGCUGCAGUUGUCUCUCACCCCUCAAGCACUGAAACACAAAACUCUCAGUCCUUCUCCAACAGUCCUGAGUAGUGCGUUUAAUUCAGACUUAAAUGAACCGGGUGAGGAUGUAACUGUCGAAGAACUGAUGUCAGAUAAGGAGUAUCCUGACAACCUGCUUCAAAGAGGCAGCAUUAAACCUUCUCUUUCUCAAGAAACCUCCACCUCAUCUCCAUUGAAUAAUGGUCAGUUAGACAGUCCAAUUUCAUCCCAGAUCUCAGGAUGUUCACUGUUGGAUGUAUCCUACCUUCUGAAUGACAGUGUGUGUGAAGUAGGGUUGGAUGGGAACUUGGAGUAUGAGUACAAACUCCCUCCUGAGGAUUUGGUUCCAGGCCAUUGUGAUAUUCUCUUGUCAAAAGAAAGCAGAACAGCGUCUUUUGCAUUAAACAGUGUCAGUAAGGCAUCAACUUCUGACUGGAGUAUCCAGGAAUGCACGAGCUGGGCACAGCCCCAUGGAAUAGCUAGAGAUGGUCUGGUAACAGAAGAGGGUGCUACAGGCUUGGCUGAGGACACAAUACAACUUAGGGAAAGACGUGGCAGCAGAAUGAACUUGCAUCCUCAGACCUACAGCAGUGAUGACGAUCAGUCUGCUUUCUCUGCCAGUGACAGCCCAGCAGAAAAUGAAAACUUCCUGUCACUAGACAAAGUGAUUUAUGUCGAUGGCUCUUCUGCAGCUGGGAAAGAAACAGAGGAGUUGGGGAAUGGCACUCCAGUUGAGGACAAAACAAAAGAACUUUCUUUUUCCCAAGAUUCAUUUUCAAGCAGUAGUUUUGCCUCCCACUCUUUCCUUGAUUUGGAGCCUCUACAGAGAGCUACAGAUGGACUGGCUCAGAAGGAAAAGAUGGAACGGCACAGAAGAGAUUCCCAGGAAGCAGUUGACCAGCCAGAGAUCCUCACUUCCUGUGAAUUUACUGAGACUAUGCAGAGCUUCUUCAGUGACUAUUAUGAAAACAGUUACCUCGAUGAUAGUGAAGAUGAAAGCCAAAGUGCCCCCAGUUCACCAGAAAGAAAAGUUUCAAUAGGCAGGGAACACUUUCGAAAGACCUCCCUCUUGGUCACUGAGUCUGAAAUUAAAGCUUCGGAGAGGUUUAAAAAGAUCUUUUCACUGCAGGAUACUCCGCUUUUUAUUCCACCCCCUAGAACAGUGAGACAGACACACCCACAGGGCUCUAGGGCUUUUCUGUCUUUCAGGGGAAGCCGUGACCCUGCACUUCCGCACCUUCUGUCAGAAACACCCACUGACAAAUGUCAGAGUGGAAGGCCUCACAAGAAAGAGGCAAUAUGUUUCAAAACUACAUCUGACCGACUAGGUCACUGCAAGCUGGGCAGCUGGUGGAAGCAAGCUUUAGAAACCAGAAGAGCAUCAUCAGGGCUCCUGCCUGCAAUCGAUCAAUUUUCUAGCACAUCACCAGAUAAAAAUGCUUCAUUUCUCUCUGGCAAACCUCUGUCAUGCAGUCAGGGGAGCUUCUUCCAUCCAAUACCAAACCAGAAAGCUGAAAAAUGGGAAGCAAAACAGGUGGGAAAAGAAGAUGUAAUUCUUAAGAAAAACUCUUGUAAAUUCACCAUGUACAAGUCUGAGAAGAGUGUGGGAGGCCGCCAUGUUAUGCAAACUAGGAGGACUAAGAGAAGCAAGAAAUUCAAAAGAGCAUGAAGGUGCUUGUGUUUCUAAUAGCUCCACAACUAUAAUUAAAGAUCAGACAAAAAGUCCUGUUAUUUCAGAGAUAAUGAAAGGAAGUUUUAAAACAGAAAAAAUUGAGUAUUCUUUUUCAAAUGUAUUUUCUAAAACCCCAAAUUUAAGCAAAACGUCUAUAAAGAAUAUUAUUAUUAAUUUUAAAAACACAGCAUGUGCACAAAAGUGGUUUAACUUAUAUACCAGUCUUUUCAUUUCAAACUAGCAUAAAUAAAAAUUAAGAAUGUUGAAAGCCUGGAAAACAACCUUUGGCUAAAGAAAUUGGUUUUAAAGAUGUGCCUUUUUGGAAAAUUAAGUUACUGUUUUGAUCCUGUGCUUCAGAACAAAUACAUAAUCCUUUCCAGAUAUGUUCUAGUGUUAUGUACUGCUCCAUUGUAGAUAUAACUUUUUAAAUCUAGAUCUAGAAACACAUUAAAAGUUAUUGUAUUGCUUUAGUGCAUUUAAAAAGGCACAUUCUCUUUAUAGUCAUUAAAGUUUGAGACAAUGCUUAAUUGUGAUAUUAAUGUGAGGAAGGUGGCACAUUGUUGUUACUUCUAACAAACCUUAAUAUUGUCUAACAUGAAAAAAAAAUUACCUCCUUACAGUAAUGAAAAAAUAACACCCGGUCAGAAUAACUCAUUUGUACAGGAGCCAUUUUCAAAAAAUAUUAUUGAAACUUUGCUGUUUAGUAACAAAUUGAUUUUAUUGAGCUAAUCAUCAGGGUUAAAGUGCAAUAAAGAAAGCUUCCAUUGUG